AUGGCAAAUACUGACGAUCCGAUCGAAGAGCUCCAAACGCAACCCCCAAUCUCGUCGUUACUUCUUGAAAAGUUGCCAUAUGAACUCAUUCAUGUGAUAAUCUCUUUUCUCCCUGCUCCGGACCUUGCCUGCGUCGGUGCUACUUGUCGGGCUCUUGCCGACCAUGCUUUGAACGACUUGCUUUGGGCCGACCUUGUUAACGCAAGAUUGCCUACUCGCAUCAAGGACCCAGGAAUUUUCAAGUCUUUUCGGCGCUUGUACUUGGCAUAUUACCCCUGUUGGUUUAUCCCCGAACACAAAAUCUGGUUUGCGGACAACGAGCCGACGGGAACUUUGAUCCUCGCUCGUUAUGAUAAUCGCCGGGGAGUGAUUGAAGGAUAUCAAAUCGUCGCAGAGCGUGGACACCCGGUGUUUCAUCUGUGGAAGGCCGAGCUUUCAGUUCUGGUUCAAGCUUUCGACCCAAUUGUGCGCUUGUCACUGGAUGACCCGGUUUUGUUUCUCAAAGACCCUGAUCCAUCCAACAAGACUGCUAUAAUCCAGCAUUCAUCUCAAAGAAAGGACCGACGGAUGCCUUUGGCCCUUGAUGCCCAUCAUGUCCAUAGCUCGCUUUCAUUCUGUGCCGCCAUCAGUGACGGGCUACAUCCUGAUAUUGAAUCUACACAAUACUGGCCUCCUCCGAUGAUACCAAGCAGUACCCGUACAAUGCGCACCAAGGAAAAUGGCCAGCGACGGGCUGUCGAGAGUAUGUCAGAGUUAUCUGAGAAAUUCUUCUGUAUCAACAAAUGGACGAGCCUUCCUGUCGCGUUUUCUCCAAAUAACGGUCAAUGUCAACGGAUCUAUUCAACACUCGACCCGGCUCUCUAUACUCCAACCAAAAACAAGCCUUACCAAGGUAUUUGGGUGGGAGAUUAUUCGACUCAUGGGUGCGAGUUUUUGCUUGUUCUUCAAGGCGAAGAAUAUGGUACAUCCGAAGUUGAUCCCGAGGAAGAAAUCGGACAGCGAGGCUCACUCCGUGGUAUCAAGUUGACAGGCGACAUGAAUGUCCCACGAGGUGAGUACUCGUGGGUCGCCAAGGACAUCGGGACUGCAGGCCUGGUUGGUAUUGCAGGAGAUGAGCCUUUCACAGGCGCUCGCAUGGUCCGUUGUGAAGGUCAUGUCGCUGGGAUUGGCUACCAGGAUGCGACCUUUAUCAACUCGGAGUUGAUAUUAAUAUCCACUGAUGUUAUGGCACAUUACUGGAAGGAGAUGGGCCACGUAUCUUACUUCCGACGCGUGGACAUUGAUGCUCUGCUGAAGACUUGA